GUCACGUGGAAAGAUGGAGCUCCGCAGCUUCUAGCCGAAAGCUCAUCGAGAGAUUUUCGAACCCGUUUUCUUCCUCCUCCAAGCCAUUCUCUCUGCCUUGCACAUCCACCAUCCAAGUCCGCCCUUACCAUCGUCAAGAUGUUCAAGAGCGGCAUUUCCGCCUUCGCCCGGACGGCUCGUCCCUCCUUCGCGGCGGCGACUCGUCGCGCCGUUCGCCCGGCCCCCCUCAACUUCAGAGCCCCUGCCCUCAGCAGAUUCGCCAGCACGGCCGGUGUUGGUGAUGGCAAGAUCUACCAGGUCAUCGGUGCCGUCGUCGAUGUCAAGUUCGACACCGAGAAGCUCCCCCCCAUUCUCAACGCCCUUGAGACCCAAAACGGUGGCAACAAGCUUGUCCUCGAGGUCGCGCAACAUCUCGGGGAGAGUGUCGUGAGAUGUAUUGCCAUGGACGGUACCGAGGGUCUGGUUCGCGGCGCCAAGGCCGUUGAUACCGGUGCUCCCAUCACCAUCCCUGUCGGCCCUGCCACUCUUGGUCGUAUCAUGAACGUCACCGGUGACCCGAUCGACGAGCGUGGACCCAUCAAGACUGACAAGCGCCUCCCCAUUCACGCCGAGGCUCCCGAGUUCAUUGAGCAGUCCACCACCGCCGAGAUUCUCGUUACCGGUAUCAAGGUCGUCGACCUCCUCGCCCCUUACGCCCGUGGUGGAAAGAUUGGUCUCUUCGGUGGUGCCGGUGUCGGCAAGACUGUGUUCAUUCAGGAGCUCAUCAACAACAUCGCCAAGGCCCACGGUGGUUACUCCGUCUUCACUGGUGUCGGUGAGCGUACCCGUGAGGGUAACGAUCUGUACCACGAAAUGCAGGAGACUUCCGUCAUUCAGCUUGAUGGCGAGUCCAAGGUCGCCCUGGUCUUCGGUCAGAUGAACGAGCCUCCUGGAGCCCGUGCCCGUGUCGCCCUUACCGGUCUUACCGUCGCUGAGUACUUCCGUGACGAGGAGGGUCAGGAUGUGUUGCUCUUCAUUGACAACAUUUUCCGCUUCACCCAGGCCGGUUCCGAGGUGUCUGCCCUUCUUGGUCGUAUCCCCUCUGCCGUUGGUUACCAACCCACCCUCGCCGUCGACAUGGGUGGUAUGCAGGAGCGCAUCACCACCACCACCAAGGGUUCCAUUACCUCCGUCCAGGCCGUCUACGUCCCUGCUGACGAUUUGACUGAUCCUGCCCCCGCCACCACCUUCGCCCAUUUGGACGCCACCACCGUCUUGUCCCGUGGUAUCUCCGAGUUGGGUAUCUACCCCGCCGUCGACCCUCUCGACUCCAAGUCUCGUAUGCUCGACCCCCGCAUUGUCGGUGAGGAGCACUACCAGACCGCCACCCGUGUCCAGCAGAUCCUCCAGGAGUACAAGUCUCUUCAGGAUAUCAUUGCCAUUCUUGGUAUGGACGAACUUUCUGAAGCCGAUAAGCUUACCGUCGAGCGUGCCCGCAAGAUCCAGCGUUUCCUGAGCCAGCCUUUCACUGUCGCCCAGGUUUUCACUGGUAUCGAGGGUAAGCUCGUCGACCUCAAGGACACCAUCGCCUCCUUCAAGGCCAUUCUUUCUGGUGAGGGUGAUGACCUCCCCGAGGGUGCUUUCUACAUGGUUGGUGACUUUGCUUCCGCCCGCGCCAAGGGUGAGAAGAUUCUUGCCGAGCUUGAGGCGAGCGCUUAA